GAACAAAACUGCAGUUAUUUUUCCCGCGAAAGGAAAACGAAAGGAGAAUGGCAGAGAACGAUUUCAUGGUUAAAACGUUGUUGCCAGAGUGGAUAUUGCGCCGUUAGGAUGGCGCCGGCGCGAAAGAACGGAGCCACACGUGCAGUCGGCGAGGAACACGGCAGCGAUUCGCCGCACGCGGGUCGUCAAGGCAACGAGCAACAGGCACCUUCUUUCUCCCUUCACGUCAGCUUUGGCUGCGAUGACUGAAAAGCGAGACGUUCGGGACUGAAUACCUGCCUCGUUCUUUUUACCUGUCUGCGCAGGUGGCAGCACCUAACAAUGACUAGUAUCAAGAACAUUAAACAGAUCCGUUACAACCUGGUGGACAUGACGGAAAAAGAUAUUCCCAACUGUCGUCGAGAAGGCAGCUGUAAGGCGCCGAUGGACGAACGUCAGACGGGAUUGUAUCGCCGUCUGUUGCAUAUGUUUAGGAGAGCUUGGAGCGGAAUCAGAGAUCACGAUUCGGAAGAAAUUUCGGAGCCUGUUAUACGUAGAAAACCCGCGGGAAUCGAUGCCCUCUGCAAGACAACGAAAUUCAACCGGAAAGAACUGAAAUUUAUGUAUCAGGGAUUCAAGCAGGCUUGUCCGACCGGCAUCGUUAACGAAAGCACUCUGAAGGAUAUUUACGCUCAGUUCUUUCCUCAAGGAGACGCAAGUCAGUACGCCCAUUACGUCUUCAAGGCUUUCGAUCAAGACCGAAACGGAACGAUAACAUUUCAGGAUUUUGUCGUCGGACUUUCGACCCUUUUGCGUGGUACGACCGUCGAGAAACUUCAGUGGGUAUUCCAUUUAUACGACUUGGACGGAGACGGCAUUAUCACUAAAGAAGAAAUGGCUCACAUCAUCGAAUCCAUACAUAAUCUGAUGGGCGAAUAUGCCGCACCGUCCAUCGACGGUGAAUCUACUCGAAGCCACGCCGAACGGGUAUUUCAGAAGUUAGAUUUAAACAAAGACGGCGUGGUCACUCGAGAUAUGUUUGUGGAGACUUGUUUAAAGGAUGAUAACAUUUUGAAAUCUCUCCAGUUACUGGACACCGUGCUGUGAACGGAAGUUGCGAAGAUAAAAGAAACUGUUUCUAUCCACGAUGUCGACUAGCCACUCUCCCGUACGAUCCAAUUUGUGGCUCUGCGUACCUGUUACUAUCUCCGUCUAAAUUCCUUUUUGGUGUGCGUUGCGUCAGACGGUCCACGUGCGCUCACUCGUUCCUCUUCUUCUAUUAAUUCUGGACCGAGACACUCCAACGAAUGGAUAACUGUGAUGUCCCUUUACGGUCUUAAAAUCUACCAUCCGAUCGGAAAAAUAAAGAAUUAUUUAUGUUUUGA